CUAUUUUCUUUUGUCAACUCCUUUGUAUUUUAAUUGUGUUAUUAUUCAACACAAAAAAAAAGAAAAAGAAACAUUCUACUUCUCUCUGUCUUUUUCUCAUCUCAUCUGAAUUUUCUAUUUCUUCUGUCGUUGCUUUGUAUAACCGCCGGCCGUCGAUGAACGAUCGGAGUCUGAAAAAGUCUCUAUCCGGAAAAACCAACCCCCCUAAGGAUGAUUUCAUAGUUGGAGAUGCCGACGAGAACUUGGAUCUCUUCUCAAUCAACCGUAGUGGCCUGACUUCUUUGGAUGCUGCUUUGAUUAAACCAGGAAGACGCUCUUUCGAACAAGCUAAAGUUUCUAAACCUGAACUUGAUGAUGAGAAAGAACAUUGGAAUGACCAGCUUUAUUAUACCGUUCCUGAAGUUACAUUAGAAGCUCUUUCUAAAUUGGUUCUACAAGCUAGAAACGUAACUUCCAAGCUUCAGUCAAUUUCUACCACAAGAGCUGGUACAAAGGACGAGAGCUAUCCAUCUUCAAAACCAACGAGAAGCACUUCAACAGUACGUCCCUCAAACAUUCCCACACUUCGUCCUUCUAGCAUUCCAACACUUCGUCCCUCCAACACUGUCAGGUCCUCGUCAGCCCCUAAGAAGACUACUACAACAACAACAACAGCUUCAGCUUCGGUUGCAUCUCCAAAGAGAAGUGUCUCUCGAUCUUUAACUCCUGUAUCACGCAAAACACCAUCACGAUCUUCAACUCCUUCAAGAAUCAGUACAACUAUUCCUACUUUCAAGAAAGCUGGAGACCCUCAAAGAUCAAGAUCGUUGACUCCUAGGUCAAAGCCUCAGACUGCAGCAACCUCAGCUGCACCUUCAAGUAGGACCAGUACUGUGCGCUCUACGUCUGCGUCAUCACGCCCAUCACUUUCAUCAACACCUCAUACACCGCCAAGAGGAAGAGAAAAAACAGUCACUCUAGCGUUUGGUCGACCAGUGGCAACCACAAGGCAUGUAACUUCGCCAAAACGGAACACAUCUCCUGAUGUUACAAGAACGAGACCUAAAGGCCAUUCUUCUUCUUCUCUGAUUCCUACCUUUUCAGGCAUGGGGCAUACAACAGCAAGGGCAAAGUCUGUAAAGUCAUCUCCAACUGUUUCAGAUCCAACAAGGCCCGGCAAAAAAGUGUCAAAAGCUUCGGUCCAAAUUGCUAACAACCACAUGGACGCACGAAAGGGGAAAGCAAAUUAUCCGUUUUCGGGCACAAUGUUGUACCCACAAAGCAUCAAAUCUUAUUCAAGAAAGUGGUGUGGUAGUAGUGAAGGAAGCAGCAGCAGUAACCAGGAAGAGGACGAAGGAAAAAGCCUAAUGAAAGAAGAAAACACAGAGAAGAGUGACAGUGCUCGUUACGAGUCCCUCUUGGAUGUUAAAGAUGUCAAGGAUACUAACUGGCUACUUAACCUUGAUGAUGAGUCUAAUCAUUCUCUCAUCUUCGACAGUGUUUUCGACUCUCCUCCUGAGCCAUUCUCUCCUCUUUGACUCUUUUUAUAUUAUCUUUUUCUUAAAACACACAAGUUGCUUGGAAAAUAAUUCUUUUUCACUCUUUUUAUUUGUGUAAUGAAAGAGAAUAAUAAGAGAAUGAUUGAUCUACUUGUUGAAAUACAUGUGUUCUUGUAAAUGCUUCUUGUAUUGGUUGACAAAAAAAAUGUACAUCUUUGAGGUUUUUGUUGGUUUGUACAAAAUAGUUUCAACAAAAGAAACUGG